AUGACCAAGCCCAGUCUCCUUGAACUCCCCACGGGAGUUCAACUCAUCUAUCUCGCCGAGGGCGGGGCAAACGUGAUCUACCGCUUCGUAAAUCCCAUCGACACCAUUUCACCCCAACUCCAAGGCAAACUUCUCCGUCUCCGCAAGGAAACUGCCGCAGGCAUCACCUACAAGGAGAUCGCCCGCAACUUCGACACCAUCAUCCGCCCCCUCUUCAAGUCAGACGAACUGGUCGAUCAGACCCUCAUCCGUCUCCCGGACACUCUCCUCUCACGAUGCAACGAGCAGCUUCGCGCCGCAGAGCGUGAUGGCCAGCGCCCGCGAAAGCGCCACGGCACCUACCUCUGUCUAACAGAACCAUUUGGUCUCCUCAUCACUGACAUGACCGCCGAUGACAGUUCUAUACUCGCAGAACUCAAGCCCAAGUGGCUGAAUCAGUCCCCCUCAGCGCCAGAAACAGCACAUAGAUGUCGCACAUGUGCACUUAGGGAGAUGAAGAACCACGCAGCUUUCGUCGGUGUCAAGGAACAAAGAUCUUUUUGUCCGCUUGAUCUGGUUUCUGAACGGUAUGAGAAUGUCCUGCGAGCCACGGGCCUGAUCAGGGGGUGCACGGAUAGGUCACGGUUAGCUCAUAUCUUGUUUCGGAAUCCAACGCUAUUGAGAUUACAAUCGUUGCAGAAAACCGAGCGGGAAGUGGGCUUAUUAGGGCCCCUGGCUCAGAGUCGGGACAUGUCACUUGCAAUGACGCUGCGGGAUUGCACAAUGUUCGUCAGAAUCCCGCAUGACGAAAGGUCUGCCGUGGAGAUUCGUCUCGGCGACCUCGACUUGAAGACCGGGGCUGGUGGCAAAGCUGGAUACUGGAGAGAUCUGGAAACCCAGCUCAUUGAACAAGAUUGGUAUCGCGGAUCGGAAUGUGAUCAGAUUCCAAGUGAGUGCGCUUUACAUUUGCAACGAUCUCUCCUGCGCCCGGUCUGA